ACCACCACCAUUCCGUCUCAGUCUUUCACCUCGCGUACUCUCUGGUUUCCUAUACACGCAUCAAGCUCUCUAACCCCGACGAUUUCACCGACGGAUAUACCGGAAACACCUCGCGAACGGAUUCGUACCUCAUGGCCCCGCAGCCUUCCACCCCUGCCCUCCCACUCAACGUUGCACCCGGAUCAAGACCUGCCACAGCGCAGUCUACGUUGUCCACCGCCUCCUCGUCCACAGCGGUCGCCAAACCUGCGCCGAACCCGCCGGACAUAUCGAGCCCCCAUGAGCUGACGGCGUUUGUGGAAUCACUGCUGGAGCAGCUCGACCAGAAGUUCGAUGAUAUGUCCACCCAAAUCCUCGAUCGCAUGACACAGAUGUCGAGCCGCGUCGACGCGCUGGAGGCCUCCAUACAUGAUAUCAUCAGCAGCGACACGCCUGCUGUACCGCUGCCGCCCCUGCCGCCCAGCCUCCCGCAGUCCCCUUCCAUCCCGCAGAGGAAGAGCACGGGCAGUGGAUAG